UCAAGGUUGGUAGACAGGUAGUUGAUCUCCCGUUACCAGGCAGCGGCAUAGCGAGAGAAGUUGGCCGCUUCACUAGGAUACAGUGUUGCUGUUUCCUCGGAGUCUACUUGAAGAGCUGAAGAGUUUAGUGCUAGCUGUUUAGAAUAGCAACAUCAUGCUCUCUUCCACGGGAGAUAUACGGGAGAAACUGCGCAGAAAACGUGAUUUACGGGAAAAACUGAGAAAGAAACGGCAGGCUUUGCACGAAUCUCUGGUAAAAGUCAAAGAUGACACACAGGCUCUGGUUCCACCAGAGGGGAGUCAGGACAGAGGACAGACGACCAUGGAGGAGCUGACGGGUGGAGAGGAGGACCCUGGAGAGACACUCAAACGCACCCUGAAGGCCCAGAGGGAGAGACGGAAAAAGAAGCUUCUGGAGGAGUCUGCAGAAGAGCCCAGUCAGGAUACUGUGGAGGAGAUCUCUGACGUCCAGCGCCUCAGUGAGGAUGACCAGCCAGACGAGCCAUCCUUCCUCUCCAGACCCCCCACCGGUGGCCAGAGAGGUCUGCCCCCCCUGCCCCAGGCCCAGGCCACACCCAGCCACUUGGAGAGCUCCAUGAGGAUCCGGAUGAAAGAGAAGCUCCUGGCUGCCAGGUCUAAGGCCGAGAGCAUGCUGCAGAAGGAGGCCUCGAUAGAGCCUGCCAGUCGCCUGCAGAGCCUCCGAGACAGAGACGCCCUCACCAGGUUUGACCGAGAGGCUGACCCGGACAGGACCGGGAGAGAGGACUCCUCCUCCCCCCUCCACACCAGAGUGAAGUUCUGGGAGGCUGCCAGGCGUGUGAGGCUGGAGACCAGAGCAGAGACAGGCCUACCCACGGCAGAAGAGGCAUACAACUUCUUCACCUUCAACUUUGACCCCGAGCCUCAGGAAGAGACGGAACACAGCCGGAGAAGGAGAAGACCCAGGGUAGCUGGCGAGGAGGACGAAGAAGGGGAGGAAGAGGAAGAGGAGGAGGAGGAGGAGGGGGAGGAGCAAGGCGAAGCAGGAAGAGGACAGGAAGAUGAGGAGAACUCUCAGGAGAGGGACGAGGACGCCCCACUGGUGAGAGAGGAGGAGGACCUCUUCAUCAUCGACCAAUCAGCUCAGGACUUCCUGGUGGUGAAGAAGGCGGAGUAUGUGGGCUACUGGCACCGUCUCCAGCGGGAAAAAGAGCUGCUGUUCGUGCCGAGCAUGAGGACAGCCCCGGCCGCCUGCAAGCUGGCGGAGAAUAUGCGUCCUCGCUUCCUGGAGGAGGAGGGGCUGUACGUGGGGGAGAGGCCACCUGUAUGCCUGACCAAUCAGAACAUCCUGGAGAACCGUAUCCUGAAGCAGGAGCAGGGCAGGAAGUGGUUUGGGGAUGAUGGCAAGAUCAUGGCCCUGCCCGACCCCAUCAAGGAGUCGUCCACCAGACCCCCCCUCUUCCACCUGGAGGGCGACCUGGACCCCGCCCUGCAGACGUUCUACAGGAAGGCUCUGCUCUCCAGCCCGGCCAGCCUGCACCUGACUGGGCCCAGGGACACGGAGGGAGACUACCAGCUGGAUGUGGACGUGUCGGGCCUCAUCUUCUCCCACCACCCCCUCUUCAGCCGCGAGCACGUCCUCGCAGCCCGCCUGGCCCAGCUGUACGACCAGCAUCUCACCAGGCAGCACAACAACCUCACCGGACACCUCACUGUUAAGCUGAGUGGUCUGAGGAAUGCCCUGAGGACCAUGCUGGAGACCCAUCGAGGACACAGCCUCAGCCCCGUCAUGCAGCACAGGAUAUCCGAAUACAUACAGGAAGUCAGGAACACCCGGCGCCUGAGGGACAGCGAGCAGGAGAAGGACCGCACGCUACUGAAGAGCAUCAUCAAGUCCUGGAAGGAGAUCAAAGCUCUGAGGGACUUCCAGAGGUUCACCAACACGCCCUUCAAGCUCUAUCUCAGGAGGGAGGAGGUGGACCGGCAGGCGGACGAGCAGGAGGCGGAGGAGGAGAUCCAGAUGGAGGCGAUGGAGCUGCGGGCGGAGGCCGAGGAGGACUACCACAGGAGGGCGGCCGACUUCAGGAGGCAGCAGGACGAGUGGAAGAACUGGAGGAGGAAGCAGAGAGCCAAGAAGAAGAAGAAGAAGAAGAAGAAGAGGAGGGGCCAGGAGGAGGAGCAGGAUGAAGACGACAACGAUGAUGACGACGACGACCAAGAUGAAGGUGGCGGGGACCUGGGGGAGGGGCCCGCCAAGCCCCACCCCCCGGACAUUCCAGACCUGGCCUCCGUGGAGCAGGAAGUCCGGGAGAAAGCGUCCAGGAUCCGCAGGAAACCAGGAGAUCCCAUCCUGGUCCCGGAGCUCACCACGUCAGGGAACAUCACCACCAACGACCAGUGUCCCAGGGCCGAGUCUUCCCGGAGAGAGGACGUGGCCAAGCGGUCUCUCUUCAUCAAGGUCUUGUACAACGACAAAGAAGUCUCCAGAACAGACAGUCGCUCCCUCACCUCGGACUUCAGAGUGCACUUUGGUCAGAUCUUCAACCUGAAGAUCAUCAACUGGCCUGAGAGCAUCAAACUGCAGGUGUUUGAGGCGGUGGGCUCGUCGUCCUCUCUCCUGGCGGAGGUGUGUGUGCCGGCCCCCGAGCCCUCCACCCUGACAGGCAGCGCCCCCACAGAGCAGCUGGAGUUCAGCAGCAACCUCAGGGUCAUGUUUGACCACGAGGGCGUGGGCAGUGACGUGCCCUUCUCCUUCGAGGCGGACGGCAGUAACCGUCUGACCCUGCUGACCUCUGGGAAGCUGUCCUGCUGUGUGUCCUGGGCCCUUGGGGAGGACGGCCUGCCCCUGGCCCCGCCCACCGCCCAGCGCCCCAGCGCCAUGCACAGUGGUCUGAAGCAGCUGGAUGCGGUAGCCUGCAUUGGGGCGUCGGGUCUGAGCGACGUGAGGAAGCUGGGCGAGUGGGCCACCGAGUCUCGCCUCGACCCCAACGACCCCAACAACGCCACCAUCAUGCAGCUGCUCAAGGUGGCCAGUAGUGGCGAGGUGAGGGCGCCAGAGUACUUCCGUCUGGAGCAGCUGCAGGAGGAGUUCACCUUCCUGUCGGAGGAGGAAAUGGAGCGCUCCCGCAGGUUCCGCCUGCUCCGGCUGCGGAGUCAGGAAGUGGCCGAGUUCCGCAACUACAAGUGUGUUCCUGCCUUGGAGCGAGAGGUCACGGAGAAGGUGUUCCAGGAGUAUGAGAGGAGGCUGAAGGAGGGGGAGGUCAUCGACACCAAGGAACACCUGGACGCGCACAGGGCCCUGGUGGCCAAGUACCUGCAGAAGAUCAGAGAGUCGGUCAUCAACCGUUUCCUGGUUGCUAAGCAUCACUUCCUCUUGUCGGACCUGGUUGUCGAGGAGGAGGUUCCAAGCAUCGGGGGUGCAGGGCCCGGAGUGCUGGGCCUGAACCUGUUCAAGCUGGCCGAGCCCAAGCGCCCCCUGAAGCCCCAGAGGAAGGAGAGGAAGAAGGUGACGGCCCAGAACCUCUCAGACGGGGACAUCAAGCUGCUGCUCAACAUCAUCCGUGCCUACGACAUCCCCGUACGCAAGCCCCAGACCAGCAAACCUGCCGUGGCGUCCAAGUCGGCUCGCUCCUUCACAGAGGCCUUCUCUGCAGGCCCGGCUUCCCAGAGUGCCGUGCAGGGCAGCGACUGGCUGCUCAACCAGGUCCAGGUGCGGCCCUUUGUGGAGGUGUCGUUCCAGAGGACGCUCCUCCAGACCACCACGGCCGACGGACCCAACCCCUGCUGGAACGAGGAGCUGGCGCUGCCCUUCAGUGCCCCCAACGGAGACUACAGCACCGCCAGCCUGCAGGCCGUGAAGGACGAGGUCUUCAUCAACAUCUUCGACGAGGUCGUCUACGAGGUGGGAGGGGAGGAGCUGGACCGUGGCAGGGAGCUCCACACUCGUCUGGAGAAGCACUGGCUGGGAGCCGUCAGGAUCCCCUUCAGCACCAUCUACUUCCAGUCCAGGAUCGACGGCACGUUCAAGGUGGACACGCCUGCGGUGUUGCUAGGCUACAGCAAGGAGCGCAGCCUGGGCAGUGAGGGGGGUUACGACGCGGUGCGCAGCCUGAGUGAGGGAGCCUUCAUCACCCUCUUCAUCACCAUAGAACCCCAGCUGGUGCCUGGGGAAACGGUCAGGGAGAAGAUGAAGGAGGUGAAGUUUGACUCCCAGGAGAACGAGCGGGUGCUGCAGGCGUCGGAGGCGUUUGAGCGCGAGGCGGCGCUGGGCCUCCCGGACCGGCCGUGCCUCACCACCGUCAUCGACAUCAACGGGAAGACUGUGUUCAUCACGCGCUUCCUGCGCCCCCUCAACCCCCCCCAGGAGCUGCUGGACGCCUCCCCCAACAGCCCCCAGGACACCACGGAGCUGGUUGCCAGGUUUGUGUCUCUCAUCCCCUCCCUGCCGGACAGCGUCUCGUUCGCUGGUGUCUGCGAUCUGUGGAGCACCUGCGAUCAAUUCCUGACACUGCUGGCGGGAGAUGAGGAGGAGCACGCCGUGCUGCUGUGUAACUACUUCCUGUCCCUGGGCAAGAAGACCUGGCUCAUCAUCGGCACGGCUGUUCCUGAGGGCCCCACAGCCUACGUGUUGACCUACGAGCAGAGUCGCUACCUGGUGUGGAACCCCUGCAGUGGUCAGUUCUACGGCCAGUACGACACCUUCUGCCCCCUGCAGGCCGUGGGCUGCCUGGUCAGCGCUGACAACGUGUGGUUCAACACCCAGGUGUACACGUCUCCUAUGAGGAUCAGCUUUGACGUGACCAAGGCCAAGCUGUGGAAGCCUUUCUUCUCGCGCUCCUUCCCCAACCCCGGGCUCUCCAGUGUGCAGCCUGAGGAGUUGGUCUAUCGCCACACGGACAAGACAGCUGCUGCAGAGCUGCAGGACAGGGUAGAGAAGAUCCUGAAGGAGAAGAUCAUGGAGUGGCGCCCCCGGCAGCCGACACGCUGGAACCGGUACUGCACCUCCACGCUGCGCCACUUCCUGCCCCGUCUGGAGCUCAGCAGGGGGCGGGACGUGGCCGACGAGCACCGCCUGGAGCUGCAGAGCCUUCUGGGAGACUACCGAAUCUCGGGCUUCCCCCUCCACCUGCCCUUCUCUGAGAUCCGGCCCGUGGUGGAGGCGGUCUACAGCACGGGGGUCCACAACGUGGAGGCGUCCAACGUGGAGUUUGCCCUGGCCGUGUACGUGCACCCCUACCCCAACAAUGUCCUCUCUGUCUGGGUGUACCUGGCCUCGCUCGUACGCACACGCUAGCCCGGCGGACCUGGACAGGCAGACAGUGGGUGUGUGUGUAGUAUAUAUGUGUGUAGGGCGAGUGUGUGUGUAUGGUGAGUGUGCGUGACUUCCUGUUUUUAUGGAAUGUCUGAUUUUGUAUGUUUAUGUUUGUGAAGCACAAUUCAGGUUUAAGUUAUUUGUACGUCAGUUUGAUACGAGAGGGUAAGCAUAACCACUGAGGCUUUUUAGCACUUUUAUGUCAGCGUUUUACCAAAGUUCACGCUCGGCUUCAAAUGCCAGAAUACAGCACUGUAAAUGUUUAUGGAACUAUUAUAGUAUAAUUUUACAACUAUUAAUGUCAUUUUACAUCAUGAACCUUUUAUGUAAUAAACUGAAUGAGUUGUUUCAUUUCA